AUGCUGGAUGACAAUCCAACUAACUACCAACUGAGCUAUUCCACUGUCCAAGCAGAUGACAAUCCAAUUCUCUAUCAACUGAGCUAUUCCACUGUCCAAGCAGAUGACAAUCCAACUCGCUACAGACUGAGCUAUUCCACUGUCCAAGCAGAUGACAAUCCAACUCGCUACAGACUGAGCUAUUCCACUGUCCUAGCAGAUGACAAUCCAACUCGCUAUAGACUGAGCUAUUCCACUGUCCUAGCAGAUGACAAUCCAACUAACUACAACUUAGCUAUUCCACUGUCCAAGCAGAUGACAAUCCAACUCGCUACAGACUGA